CGAAAUGUGGACUUUGAGUUUGACCAUCUCGGACGUAUAUGUGGCCAAAUAUCUUGACAUCACAUCUUUUACAUUUGAUUCUGUAUGCGCAGUCAGAAACAGUAAAGUAUGGCCUCUGAAACUACGAAAACGCGCAAAGAUGUCAUCAUCAUCGGAGCUGGUAUUUCAGGUCUCGUGACGGCCAAGUGCUUGAAAGAUGACGGGUUGAAUGUUGUUGUGCUCGAAAGAACCGGCGAAGUGGGAGGCUUGUGGACUUUCCGAGAGCAUGAUUAUGGUGUCAUGAGGUUUACACACAUCAAUGUAUCCAAGUACAACUACAGCUUCUCCGACUUCCCCUUCCCCGAUGAUGUCCCGGACUACCCCCACAACAUCGACAUGGCCAAGUACAUCGCCGACUACACUACCCACUUCAAGCUGGAGGACAACAUCCAGUUUAACACAAAGGUCCUGUCUGUCGAAAAGAAAGGUGAUGAGUGGGUGGUGGAGACGUGUUCCGUGGAGGAGGACGGCAAGGCCGGUCUGGACACAAACAUCAAGACUGUGUACACUGCACCCAACCUGGCCGUAGCAAGCGGACAUCAUGCCAAGCCAACGUGGGGCAAGUUCAAGGGGGAGGAAACAUUUCCAGGGGAAAGGAUUCACAGUGUCGACUUCAACGAUGCCAUCAGCAAUGGCUUCACUGGCAAACGAGUCCUCAUCGUCGGCAUUGGCAACAGUGCUGUGGAUGCUGCUGUCAACUGUGCCACAGCAGGAAGGUGUAAGUCUGUGUACGUCAGCACCCGCUCCGGCUGCUGGGUCAUCCCUAACUACAUCUUCGGAUAUGCCACAGAUCUUUAUGCCUGCAGAGCUUUUUUCUUGUUGCCAUGGAGAUGGGCAAACACGAUUCUGGAGUCAGUUAUUAAGCUUGUUUCUGGCAACCCAAGGAGAUGGAACCUGAACCCGAAGAUGAGAGCUUUGCAGACCCAGCCAACAGUGAGCCCCACCCUGAUACAUCACAUACAGCGGAAGGAAAUCACUGUGGUUCCGAAUAUACUGAGAAUUGAAGGUGAGAAAGUUUAUUUUGUGAACGGGGAGUCUGCCGAGUUUGACAAGAUCCUGUACUGUACAGGAUACAGCAUCGACCUUCCCUAUCUCCCUGACAGUGUGAAGGACAAGGUCCUUGUCGACAACAGCAACGAAAUGAAGUUGUACAAGAACGUGUUCAGCCCUGACAUCGGCAAGUCUCUGGCUUUCAUUGGCUUCGUACAGCCGGCUUCUGGUGGCGUGCUGACAAUGUCUGAGACACAGGCUCGCUGGUUCUCAGAGUUGAUCAAGGGGCGGGUCAAACUGCCUUCCAACUUCGAGAUGGAGCAAGACAUCAACAGAGAAAAGAGGGUGUAUGCCGAGAGGUGGUACAAGACAGCUCGACACACCAUCCAGAAGGACCCUAUCACCUACAACGAUGAGAUUGCCUCCUUCUUCGGUGCCAAGCCAGAGCUGUGGAAGCACCCCCUGUUGGCAUGGAGGUUGUUGUUCAGUUCCUGCGGGGCUUCCCAGUGGCGGCAGCAAGGUCCCCACAAGUAUAGCGGUGCAGAGCAGUUGGUAAGGAAGACGCCCAUGACCGACAUGAUGAACCUGACUGGCCUCGCCCUAGUGGCAGUCAUCGGCAUCUUCUUAUUGAUGGCGCUCUGCUGCAUGUGCAAGGUCACAGCCUGCCUCUUCUGAGCUGUGUGAUAAAUACAAUAUUGUACCAGUCAUUGUUUGUUGUGAAACUUCGCUGAUUCAGUCAUGAGACCAGUGUUGUCUGUACCAGAAUAUUUCAGUGAACCAGGAUUUAGUCGUUGUUAACUAGACUUGGGUAUUGCCAAAAUGUUCACAUUGCGAUAUAUUGUGAAAGUGUAACACAUGGUUUAAGGUAAUGAAUUACUGUUUCCUUUCUUUUGAAACAAUGCCACUGGCCACUGUCAGGACUCAGAUGUGAUUGUACAAGAGAUCAGUUUGAAAAUGUUUCCAAAUUGAAGACUUUGCUUUAAAGUUGGAACUGGAGAAAAAGCGUAUGCAGCGGUGUCCGCCAUUUUGUUUUGUUUAUCCCUACAACGAGUGCCGGUACCAAUUCUAUUUUUUUUUAUUCAUAUGGUUUAAGAGUCAUACAAAUGCAAUUAUAUGACCAAUAAACUUAUCAAAACUACUAAUGUAUAAUGAUAUGAAGGAAAUACAAAUAUUUUUAGCAUUUUUUACUACAUCACGAAAAUUGCCGAUGGUAUUGGGUGAACCAGUUCGCGAAGAGUGUACCACACUAUAUCGUAUUGUGAGGUUUGAAUUGCAAUAUACCGGUUAGCCGGUGUUAUCACCCACCCCUAUUGUUAGCAGUUAUUGCACUUGAUGUGUAUGUUGUUUUUAGCUGCGGUGAUAUUCUAUCUGCCAGAAUAAACUUUUUUUGUCAUUUAUAGCAAAGUUAAUCCUUAACAUUUAGAUUAUUAUCAUUUGUGUGGACUAAAGCCAAAGGCAUGUUACGUGAGUCAGAUUUUGUAUGUGUGUUAAGUUAUUUGUCACUGAAACAAACAAGUGAAUACUGAUGCUCUGCCUUAUAAUGCUGAUAAAGAAUACAUACAUAAUCAUAUUGUAACAUUGUUGUGUUGAGGUUACAGACUAAGAUCUUUUGAUAGCUACUUCUUUAAACGUGUUUCAGAGUUUCUUCUUACACCAUCUUCAGUUGAAUUCAGGUGAAGCUGAUAUCCAAAAGUCCUUGACUAUCACUUCUACAUCCUUGAUAAUCUCCAUGGUAUACAUUACAAUAAAUCUCCACUAUACCCUGGAUGCAUCUAUUACUCUGCCCGAUAAUUUUAGCCAGUAGCCAAUCAGCUAAGCCGCCGUUACAACCGAGCUUGCCAGUGUCAACAAAGAUAGUGGUUGCAGCCGCGAAGGUUUAUUCGCAGCACGUCUCAGAUUUGGGGGGAAAUCAUACAGAUAAAUUGACAGGUCUGAAACUUUAGAAAAAAUAUAUGCAAGAACUCCUACCUCUUUCAGAGUACCUCUGCAUCAAUUGUGUUGCCAAGUUUAAUCAGAUAAAUUAAGAAGCGAAAGCAAGUUGUGAUUGGUACGCUCAACUUCCGAGCGUAGACACCUGAUUGGAUAAAAAGUUAGCCAAGGGAGCUAAUGAAAUCAUCAGGCCGAGCGGUAGAUGUAUCCAGUGUAGGAGAGAUUUAUCGUAAUGUAUACCCUGGAGAUUAUCGAGGAUGUCACUUCUAAAGAACCCAAGUGAAACACUGACAUCUGAGAUCAGGGUUAUUCUUCCAGUACAUGUUGCCUAAAUAUUGUCUGUGGAGUUUGUAAUAUGGUAUGUGGGCAUAUUUGUGAUGUACCAUGAUAAUUUCUGAUGUACUAUAAUGACAGUGCUAUAAAUUUUCAUUUAUUGAAAAUGCUUCCUCAAUACCUCAAAUGUUACAACAUAAACAUUUUUAAAUAUUUGACUCUAAAGAAAAUGAAAAAAAAUAUUACGCAAAAUUCAUUAGACUUGUUUGAUGUACAAAUAUAACGUCUUUGGAAUAAAAUUUGUUUGCCUCCUUUCAAAGAAAUAAUUCCGUGUCUUGAAGUGCAGAAGAGCUGCUCUGUUUGAAGCAUUGAUAUAUUUCCACCUAGGUUUUCUGGAUAUGAGUAAAUCUUUAUGGUCAGUGUACAACUUUGUGUCUUCUGAAGUUGCAGUUCAUGAACAAGUGAAAAAAUGUUGUUAGAGAAUAUUUCAUGUGUGGCACUUAUGUACUUUUUAACUUCCUGUGAUAGUUCUGUUUCUGCCAUUUUCAAGGUAAGGGAGGUAACUCGGGGAGGUAAGCAAGGGAGGACACAUUGAUAAUGGAUGCAUGUUUGCCUGUGUAAACAUCACAGGAUGAAUACGAACUAGUGGUUAUCGAGUGAUUGUUAUAUUGUUGUUUGUUUGUGUAAAUGUUCAGUAAUGUAGUUCGACAUUGUUGUUAAUUUAUAUUUGAACUUGUCAAUAUCUACGCCAUCUUCAUUCACCAUCAGACUGAUUGCUGACAUUGACUUGACGGUCACAAUGCUCAAGUUUUAUACAUCAGUGCAAGACAUUGUCAGGAAUCACGAGAUCAUUCACAUUUCUAGGUUUACAGAUUUUCUAGAUUAGACUGCAAGUUCUGUAUUUGCUGUGAUUAAGUGUAAGUUGAUGAUGUGUCAGGCGUGUUAAGUUUCCUAUAGAACUGGACUUUCUUAGAAAUAUUGACAGUUGGAUUUUUCUGUCUAUGUAAGUACAUUCUGUCAUUUCUGUUUAAGAAUAAAUGUAUUUGUACAUUGUAAAAGUAUGUAAAUCCUAAAUCCCUCAUUCUCUGCCUGUUUAAUAGGAAGCACAACCAUGAAUACAUUUGACUUGGAAUCUUGGAUCAUUCUACACCAGUCAUGAUUUGUAGCGUUAUCAAGUAUGUUUUUGAAAAUAUUUUUACUUUUAGGUCAUCUUUUGAAUUUUAGUCUUUGACAGAUUGUGCAUCAUGUUGGCCAACAGUAUUGUUGCAGAGGUGCUAGAGGGAUAAUAAGUCAAUUUACAGAAGUAUUUUAUGUUUUUUUAAUGUGUUUGUUGAAUAAUUGGAUAUUUCAUGUGAGAUAACUACAAUUCAGGACCAGUGCUGGACUAGGUGUUUGUGUUUUCAGUUGGGGUAGGUAAGAUAUACUUCUCAAAAGGACAUUUUUUUCAUGUGACUACAAAUCUAUUUCCAUGACAGAUUAACUUCAGUCAAAUGAUGCAAUUUGUUUUCCUUUACAUUUUUAGAGUAGUGUGAAGUUUUUAUUCCACUAUUUAUUGGCCUACCCAUGACUAAUUAUUUUCAGUAUUUUUUAUUAGUGUUUGAACAAACACAUUUCCUUUUGUAAUCAGUUUUAUACUCACACCAUGACUGGUUUGAGGUAUCAGCAUCUUUAAGCAAAAGUUUAUAAUCAGAUUUUACAUUGACCUGCUACAUUUUACAGUAUUGUAUUUUGAUUAUUAUCAAAAUUAAUAAUAACUUAACUGGGUGAUGAGGCUUAGUUACUUGCUGGGGCGGUGGGGUAGCCUAGUGGUUAAAGCGUUCGCUCGUCAAGCCGGGUUCGAAUACCCACAUGGUUACAAUGUGUGAAGGCCAUUUCUGGUGUCCCCCACCGUGAUAUUGCUGGAAUAUUGCUAAAAGUGGUGUAAAACCCAACUCACUCACUCACUCACUAGUGACUUUGCUUGUUAUAUUUCAUUGUAUUCUAGUCCAGAGGAAUAAAUUGCAUGUCAGUCACUGGAUUGUCUGAUUCAAAUACAGUUAUGUUUUACUUGUAUUUAUUCAGCUACAUCUGCAACUACAUAUUCUUGAAGUUGAAAUUGUGAUAUUUAUAUGGCAUAGAUGCUUUUAAGACUUGAGUUGUUAACAUAGCUUAUGUUUGUCUUAUCCUGUAGUUUGUGCGUGCAUGUGUAUGCAUGCUUAUGUGCAUAUUUGCACCAAGACGGUAGUUAAGGGUAGUGCACAACAUAACCCAAGGAUCAAAGGAUAGAGAGGCACCUGUAAAA